UUGUCGAGUACAGGUGGCGUCUGGCGUGACCAGCGCACCCUGACAGCUGGGAUCCGUACGCUGGCCAUGCGCUUCCACGGCCUUUACGAGUACACGGGCGGUGUAACAUCUUGGUGGCGCAGAUCAAAAAAUCUCCGCUACACCCACAAUUGCCACGAGAUUUGCGUUCAGAGUUUUCUAGCAGAGCCACAUAACGUGAACAAGCUGGUGAGCUAGAAAUCAUGACCAGACGCUUCGGUUUUGGUGAAUGGGGGCACCUAUAGACAGCGACACUGGUGAGGGAUAGCCGCCUAUAUGGAGUUCUUAUCCUCCGCACCUUGUCCGUUUAAUUUCUUCUCCGUGCAUUCAAACAGAGUUUUUCGCGAUGGCGGCCAUAAUUCUCGCACGAUCGCUGGAGUCACAGAAACUAUAGUGCAGGAUAGUAAAGGCAGAGCUACCGUUGGUCGUUGAGCUGCAAAUUUGGACUAGAAGCCUUGUAUCACGAACCAAGAUACAAGAGAUUCUCGACUGUCUCCCUCUCUCUCUUCAACGCUGACCAUGAUGGUCACGGCACGUUUAUCCAGCAGAGCCGCUGUGGGAUGAUGCUGCAGUGAGCCGAGCGCGUAAGCUUGGGUCUCUUUUCUUGAUGCACCGGGCAAGACCAAGCCGGAUCAACGAGCGAAUCAUGACUGACCAGGAAUGGCAGCCUCGCCUCUGCGAAUAUCCAACAAGGCGCUUGGCCUUCAUUCGCGUCGUUGUCAACAACUCGCGUACCAACCGUUCAACGAUCCAGAGUAGAGUAGAGGGACCCUGUAAGAGGACCUCUACGAGAGGCCGCUGCAAAGGUGUUUGCCGUCCACGACGACAGUCUCAGUUCUUCAAUAGGUUUGCGCGAAAUGUGAAGAUCCGGCUUCAAGUCGCUCAUCUGGUUAUCCCUUCCAAAGGCUCACUAAAAAAAGCUGCUAUUUGAGUGCUUCAUCUUCGUUCAAUUUAUCGGCGUUUGUACUACUUCGCCCUCACUUCCUAUAAUGGUA